AUGAUGGAUAGGACCCUGUUUGUACAACAUUUUCAUCUUUCUUCCCACUUCUUUGUUCAUCCUCCUGGAUUUUUGGGCUGUUCCCGCUAUGUUCAGCCAUAUUUGCCUCAAACGUGGGCAAAAGAUUUACUCGGAUGUGACACUACCGAUUAUUGCAACCAGUAUCGUAUUCCCAAGGACUGCCAUCCUAUCGGUUAUUAUGUUUUUCCUUUUGAACUGAAGUUAUCUACCUCUAUUGACAGUAAGCAAUUCAUUUCUCUUGAAGCUUUUGUAGAUAGCGCCAAUUUUUUUAGCUUAUCUUGUCCUGGUGAUUUUUUCAUUCGAGAGUAUGAUGUAACUGCCUGUGCCUUUAGUGACUCCCAAACUGUUCUCACCAACAAAACCAAUUUUUUUAUCCACUCAAAUAAAAGCUUCACCGAUAAUCAAGAAUCAGUUGUAGAAACAAUUAGAUCCAAUAAAUAUUCACCAAAAGUUUGUAUUACGCGCCACUUCCCUGAGUCCUCUGUUCUCCAAAUUGAUACGGUUAUUGUGAUUCAAAGGAAGUCUUCUCCUGGAUUUUCUUUAAGGAUAGCCCAAAAGGAUCCUCCCUAUGAAUUAGGGACUUCAGUUAUUAUAGUAGUUUCUCCUACUUUGUCUGAUUAUCAUCAUAUCGAUUCUGUUAGCUAUCGCUUACUUAGACAUGUUGAAGCGAACCCAGGCUUUUGUGAUAUUGCGAAUGGUGAAACAGAGGCAAAUAAAUUUACGGACGUUUUAUUUGGCGUAAUUCGGCCUGCGUUUAACGAUAGUGUGGAAAACGAUCAAAUAGAAUUACCCUUGCCGCCUGCAUCAUACACCGAGUGCGUUUGGACGACAAAUAUGGCUCAAAUUUCAUAUCGCUAUGAGGUUGAGGUUAGUAUAGCCUCAUCUCUAAAUCCUAGUCUGCUACCCUCUAGUAAAGCCGCUUUUGAAUGCCCACCUAUCGUAUUCGCCAUUCCUGUUGUGGUUGUUCCACCAAGUGCUGUCCCCGAAUCGUCUCUUCCUCAAUGGACAUCUCUUUGUCUUUUCGCAUUGACUGAAGAUGAGUGGAAUACGUCUUCGGAUUUCUCUAAAAAGGAUCAGUCUGGAUCGCUUUCCAGUCCGUGUCAAACUGUAGUGGUAUCUGGGGGGAAACGAGGACCAGCGGGUAUCUCUUCGCUUAAAGUACAAGAGAAUCCUGAAUUUACAAAGAUCCCCGUUCUUCGCCACCUUGGAGCCUCACACUUUUGA